UGCCAAACGGCGCAAACCACUUUGUCCGCGCCUGAUCGUUAACCUUAUCAGUACGCAGUGAAAAGUCGAAUGUGAGCUGUGACGAUAAAAAUCAUUACACAAACACAACGAACAACAAUUAUAGUAAUCUUUAUUAUUUAUUACACAAUUCCGAAUGCACUACUGCAGUAUUAUAGCAGUUGGUGUUGGGGUUUUGAUUUUUUUUAACGGUACGUACUUACUAUUGUAGUUACUACUAACUACUAACCUACGUGUUAUGAAUCGUUUUUAAUUUCAUUAAUUAACGUCAAUACACAUUAUGUGUGACACUGUAAAUGAAGUUUAAAUCCAUUCCUUUUUUUUUGAUGAAAAUCUCCAUUAAUGUGAGCAUAUUAUAAAUUUAAGAUUUCGUACAAGGUUAGAAUUUUUAGUGUUUUUACCAGUUUAGUGGAAGUCAAACGUUUAGUUCCAGAGAUUCCAACCUAUUAUGAUUUGCAAUUAAAUAGUACCUAAACAAUGGAUGUCAGCAUGCACAGUACUAUGGGAAACCGAAUGCGGAUGUGGCCAAACCGCCAAAGGAUUGGUUUACGCAUACGAUCGGCUUCAGCAGGCAGAGAUAAACGUUCAGAAUUGCGAAAUCGAUCAUGGGCAUUUUUAUUUGACAACUUACGUCGUAACAUUGAUGAAAUAUACCAAAUAUGCGAGUCUGACGAAAAUGUUUAUGAAUGUAAAGAAGCAAUUAUGGUCUUACAAAAUUAUAUACAUGAUUUUCAUAGUUUGGUUGAAUGGUUUCGAUUGAAGUGGGAAUACGAGCAUACUGAUCCACCUCAAAGACCAAAUUUCCUUGCUUGGGAAAUCCGAGGCGCUUCUCCUAGAAAGAUGAUUCAAAAGCCUCCUAUUAUUUCAACUGGAUUAACUCGAAGGAAAUUGGAACUAUUGUCUGAAUCAAUAUCUAGUGAUAAAAGUGCAAUUAAUUCUACUCAAUUAAAAAAUGAAGAUAUUAUUAUAGAAAAUAUUUCAAUUGAAAAAUUAUAUACUAAUCAGUGUUGUCAAACUGACUUUGAUUCUAUUGUCAAAGAUACAGACUUAGAUACUUCUAAAGAAGUAUUUAAACCUAUAACAAAACCAGUUGUUAAGUCUUUGGUUUCAGAUUCCAGUCAGAGGAAGCAAAUUCCAGUUCUUGUUCCUAAACCCUUAAAAGUAUUGAAAUCAAAAGUAGAUGAAAAAGAUAAGACUAAAAUAGAUCUACUAAAAGUGUCUUCUACGUCAACUCCUCGCUUAACAAAACCUACAAACACAAAGACUAUUGAAAAUGUUAAAUAUAAUUCAAAGACUAUAAUCUCUAAAGAAAACAAGCAAAAAUGUAAUGAGAAUAAAAUUGUGGUCAAUAUUAAAGAAGAUAAAACAAACAUGCAAACAUUAAAUACUACUAAAAAUGAUUUUGUUGAUUAUUCAAACACUAGAGACAAUACAUUUGAUCAAAAAUCCAAUUUGGUUAAAUCUAAAAAGAAAUCAGUUGAAUCUAUAAUUGCAGUGAACACAGUUGAGAAAACAGAAAAAUUAACUCGUUCUAAAACUUCAAUUGAUAUAAAAGUUCCAAAAGUAUCAAAACGUGGUAUUGUAAAAGGAAAUGAUGGAUGGGAAACUGUUAUUAGAUCACGCCGUAGUAAUCCAUUAACGCAAAGUUCAAGUAGUAUAAAACUCAAAUCCCCAUUUGAUAUAAAGAAACGUUUUCAAGUACCAUCUUCUGCUAGUUCCAUGCCUACCUUAGCUUUAGAUUUAGUAUGUAGUCCAGAUAAACCAGAAACUAUUAGCAUUUUGCCUGAUAAAAAUGACCGUCCUAUUAUUUCUAAUGCAGUAGUUUUCCCAAAAAAGAAACGUAAGCUUGAUAAGCCGCCUGUUCCUAAAAAUAAAAUAAUUGAUCAGAUGAGAAAAGAAAUGUUGAAAGACGAAAUUGAAGAACGUAGAAAGUGCGAUGAAGAAUUGAUGCGUAAUAGACAAUUUUUUGACGAAGAGAUGAUGUUGGCCAGAGAAAUACGGGAAUUAGAAAAUGCUGAAAGUAGCUGUAGUGAUGAUAUGACACAAUCUGAUCGUUAUUCAGAUCUUUUAGACAACAUGAUAUUAACAGAACGAAUGUACACGAUAAAUGAAAUAAAAGCAUUGAUACAAUAUGGUAAUGAGAGUGCUAUUGAUUCUAUUGCAAUGCCAUCAUGGGAUAUAAGCAGAUCUACAGAAUCCAUUAAACAAACAUAUAGUGCAAGACAAGCUAAAGCACAUCAAAAACGUCAACAACUAUUACAAGACAAAUCAACUAAAGUUCGUGAACUGCUUAAGAAGGUUGGGGAGAGAAAAAUGUUGCAGACCCUAAUUAUUGAUGAAAAACGAAUUAAUAUAGAUAAAAAGCUUAAACGUGCUGAGGAAAAUCGUAAGUUACACUUACAACAAAUUCAAAAAAAAGCACACGAUGAAGAAGAAAAACUCCGUGAAAUAGCUUUUAUUAAUGAGUUGGAGGCACAAAAUCGGCGACAUGAUAUUCUUACACUCUGGCAAGAACAAGAAGAUAGAUUGCAAACAAUAUUAGAAGAACGUAAACGUAACCAAGUGCGAAAAGCUGCUAAAGAAGCAGCAGUUGAAGAACGCUUGAAAGCAUUAGAAGCUGAACGCCAGGGACGUAUAGAACAAAUAUUAGAAAGAAGGCGAAUAAAAGAAGAACGUAUUGGUCGAGAACAACAAGAAAAAGAAAAGGAAAGACUUGAACUAGCUAGAGAAAAAGCCAAGGAAAGAGAAAAUAAAUUAACAGCUUUGUAUGCAGCACAAUCAGCUAGUGCUGAAGAAUUGCAAAAAAAAAUCCAACAAAAACAAAAGGAAUCAGCCAAGCGACAUGAACAAAAUAUUGAGCAUAUUAGGCAACGGGCUCUUGAGUUAGGCGUCCAGAAAAAUGAUAUUGACAUGGACAGAUAUUGCCCAUCUUGUGAAAUCUUGUUUGAAUCAGUGAUUGCUUUACAUCAUCACCUACGGACAAAAACCCAUAAAGAACGGAUAAAGAAAAUUAGAAAACAAACAAAGGUUGAACAUUCUGUAAUAGAUAAGUUCAGUCAAGAUGUGAAGAAGAAGAAAUUGAAAAGAGUUAAAUCUUUUGAUACCAUUUCAUUAGAUACAAAUGUAACUGAUGAAAAUAAUGAUAACAAAUUGAAAAUGAAGAACAAUAGAAAACGAUGUAUGAAAUUACGACACAGAAUUUUGACUAGAAGUAAAAAAGUGGAAGAUAAUUCGCCAAAACAAGAUUCAUCAGUGGACAAAACAACAAUAGAAAUUUGUGUAAAUUCUAUUAUUAAACAUCUGAAUGAACUCAAAAAUGAACAGUGGUCCAAAAAUGCUUUAAAAAACUUGGAAACAAAGUUACUAUUCUUAGAAAAACGAUCAAACGAAAUUCCAGCAAAAGAUUUUCAAUCAUUAGUUUCACGAAGUGACGGCUUGACAAUCUUAAAUAAAAUACUAUUGAUUGGGUUGAAUGAAGAUAAAAGCACAAAUACUUCGGAUUUUAUGAUGAAACAUGUAACAAAGGCAAUUAAACUAUUUUUGAAAGUAUGCAAUCGUAGUGAUGCAAACUCAAAGAAUGUAAUAUUUUCAGAAAAUAUCUUUACUAUUUUGGAUUUACUUACAGCUGAAUUAAAUAAAAUUUUACCCGAUACUGGCGUUGAAAAUAAUUUUAAGAUGAAGGCUCAAACUGUUUGUGAAAUUAGUGGACAGCUAUUGGAAUUAUUAUCCACUGUUUUCUUAUCAUUUAAAAUUAUUGAUGAAGAAGAUAAUGAACAUGUUCAUGACCUUAUCAGUUAUAUAUGUUAUAUUGGUAUAAUAGACAAGAUUGUACAAUUUUUCACUUUAGUAAGAGAUAGUUACCCUGAAACCAAUGGACAUGUGACUGAUUUUGUUGUUCAUUGUUUAUCCUUUAUUGGCGGCCUUUCAGAAGUCAACAUCGGCAUGCCUGUUAAAAAGUUCACGGAAAUUCUUAAAAACACUGAGUUAUUAGGUGUAAUGCCAGUCUUAUACAGUGUGUUGUUACGUGAUGACUGCAGUGCUAAUGGUCUCGGACCAACAGAUAUAUCUGCUGCCGCAUUAAAAGUUACCAAAGCUGUGUUUAGCAUGCUGACAUCAAUUGCUAAAAUGGAUCCAGAAACAUUCCAAGAAGUGCUUAGAGCUGAAAGUUUAUCAGUUCAAUUUCGGCAUAUAGCUAGAUAUUUGCUAUGGUUUUGUUCAGAAAAACCAGAAACCAAAGAUAUUUUAAAUGAGGUUAUUAUUGCCGUUGGAUAUUUCACUUUAAACAGUUCUCAGCAUCAAUCAAUGUUACAAUCUGGACAGUCCCCAACAGUACUCCAAUUACUUUGUACGUUACCAUUUCAGUAUUUCAGCAAUCCCACUUUGACUUCAAUACUGUACCCUACUCUUUUGGCAUGUUGUUCAAAUAAUACACACAACAGAGUACUAGUGGAAUCAGAAAUAUGCUUUGAUCUACUUGAAGAGUUUCAAAAAUCCAUUCAAAAUCAAAGCAUUCAAAUUAUUAGAUUGAUUAAGUAAUUUGUCUAUACCAUUAAAAUCUUUUUCAAAACUAAUUAGUUAUGUUCAUCUAAUACUUAAAUAAACCAUGUUUAUAAGUUAAAGUACUUUUAAGGGUCCACCAACAAGUGAAAUUAACAUACUAGUCUGUUAACCUUGUGAUAAACAAAUUAUUAUUCUGUUGGUAUUUCUUCAGUAUUUCAUUGUGAAGCUAUAAAUAAUACUAAUAUAAGUUAAUAAAUAUUGGCUAUUAAAG